ACCGCCCGCGAAGGAGUUAACCGGGCGGCGGGUGACGUCACCGCAUUUGCAUCUCGGCGCGGAUAUAAGGGCGGCGCCGCGCCCCGCCCGGCACUCGCUGGUGGUCGCUGCUCGGCUUCUACUUCGCUCCCGUCGUCGUGCCUGCUCGGCCUCUCUGCAACCAUGUCUGACAAGCCCGAUAUGGCGGAGAUUGAGAAAUUCGAUAAGUCCAAGUUGAAGAAGACUGAAACGCAAGAGAAGAACCCGCUGCCUUCUAAAGAAACAAUCGAACAGGAGAAGCAAGCUGGCGAAUCGUAAAGCGCGGCCGCCGCCGAAAUGCACUGUACAUUCCACGAGCAUUGCCUUCUUAUUUUACUUUUAGCUGUUUAACUUGGUUAAGAUGCAACGAGGUCGGAUAAAGUUUAAGAGUUAAAUGACUGUGCUGCCCCAUUUCACAUUUAAGAUUUGAGAACUACUGACAACAAGAGGCGCCUUGCCUCCCCCAUCUGUUUGGUUGGAAGGGAACGAACUUGCAUGUAUGUCGGGGGAAGGAAUAGCUGGGCGGGACUCGCUGGGCUACACCUGGUUGGUUCGAAGUGUCCUGCAAGCUGUUAAAAAAAAAGUUGAACCUGAGUGCCAUUUUUUUUUGUUUAAUGGUUUAAUUAUAUUGGAAUGCACAAUUUUUUUAAUAUGCAAAUAAAGUUUUAAAACCUGA